AUGGGUUGCUGUGGUUGCAGAGGCAGCUGUGGAGGCUGUGGUGGCGGCUGUGGUGGUGGCUGUGGCGGCUGUGGUGGCUGUGGUGGCUGUGGAGGCUGUGGAGGCUGUGGUGGCUGUGGUGGCUGUGGUGGCUGUACCACUUGUACUUGCUACCGUGUGGGCUGCUGCUCUGCCUGCUGCCCCUGCUGCUGUGGCUGCUGUGGAGGCUGCUGCAGCCCAACAGUUGUCUGCUGCCGCCGCACCUGCUGCUCUGGCUCCUGUGGCUCCUGUGGCUGUGGUAAGGGCUGUGGCUGUGGCAAGGGCUGCUGCCAACAGAAAUGCUGCUGCCAGCAAUGCUGCUGUAAGAGGCAAUGCUGCUGCUAG